GCAGUUUAUUAUUGUUUACAUGUAUUACCAGUAUACCUGUUGGAAAGUGAUUUUUUUCUUAGGAGUUUAGAAUAAUCAGUUAAAAAAUCACGUCUUUGUAAAGUUUGCAGCUCAAUGUUGCGGCUUUCGUUCACUGCUUACUCGUUUUAAUGUGUAAAAGUAACGAAAAUCGGUUUUUGGAGCCCAAACAUUGUUGUGAAUGACGCAGUACUAGUUUCUGCGAUACUAGUAUUAUUGAUUAAAAAUGGCGGAAAAACCAAAAUCAAGUUAUGUCCCUAAACAUGUCCCCAAAGAUGCUCAAGUUAUUGUGUCAAUUAUGAAAGAUAUGGGCAUUACUGAUUAUGAACCUAAAGUUAUCAAUCAAUUAUUAGAGUUUACUUAUCGGUAUAUAACGUCUAUUCUCGAUGACAGCAGAAUUUACGCAAAUCAUGGAAAAAAGAAAGUCAUUGAUCUUGACGAUGUUAGACUUGCAGUCAAGCUACAACUGGACAGUACGUUUACAAAUCCGCCUCCUAGGGAUGUUUUAAUAGAGGUUGCUAAGGCAAGAAAUUCUGUUCCAUUGCCAUUUGUCAAACCAAGCAAUGGACUCAGGUUGCCACCCGACCGUUACUGCUUAAACAAUACCAACUACAGGCUCAAGUCUCCUAUAAAGAAACCCGGUAAAGGAGGAGGAUACACGACUUUUGGAAAUCAAACUAGGUUUAAAGUCGACACUCACAAGGGCUACUCCAUUAUUAAGAGACCUUCGUCAUUUUCAACUAUGGCCAGAACUCAAACAAUUUCUAUUCCAAAACCCGUAGUAAAGCUAGCCACAAACUCUGUAAACCAUUCUAAUGCUACAAAGCUACAACAAUCAAUGCAAUCUCAAAUGACACCUCUGUCAGAGCAUAAUCAGCCAAUGAUGAAAAUGGAUUUAGAGGAAUCCAUUAAAAGAAAGAGGGAGGAGGAAGAUUAUGAUGUCCCGUAAAUUUUUUUUUUCUGAUUCUUAAUUAUAGUGCCAUGAGAGUUUACUGAAAGCUAAAUUUUUAUACUACUUUUUUACGAUAGCUAAGCGAUUUAAUCGAUUGUAGCUUUUUUCUUGACUACUUUUUUUUUUUUAAUUACAAAUUACAAUUAAGAGGUAAGGUUUGUAGACAUCGAAAAAAUGUGACUAAUUAGAUGCCAUAUUUCUUUGAAAUUUAGUGCGUGACCAAAACACGUGUAAUUAGUGUAAGCCAAACUUAUUUAUUUCCGCAUGUACCUGAUUUAUUUACUCAAUGAUCAUUUCUACGUUUUAGUAGACGCGGACUUUUCCCCUCAUCAUUAUCCCAACGAAAUGCUCAUUCGUCUUUAAGUAUUUAUCAUUCUUUUUUUUUUUUUUUUUUAAGCAUUAAUGUACUUCAGUAAACUCUCACCAACCAAUAAAAAAAAAAAAAAAUUGCCAUACCGUAAA